AUGUCAUACUCCCCUUACGACUCAUACUUAUCAAGCUUAGACUCUCUAGUGUUUGAUUCUCCAAGCGAAGUGGUUCAAUCAGAGAAAGAUGUUGCUGAUGAAUUAGAUUUAUGGAGUAACGCACAAUUCACCUUCGAUGUCAAGCCUGGUGUUGGCAUUUACGAUGAAGAAAAGAGCAAAUCCUCUCCCAAGACAACUGCAAACAACAGCCCUGCCAACGCUGCCGCUGCCCAAUUCGAAUCUGCCUCUGGUCUGGACCCUGUCACCUAUGAUACUCUUGUAAACUACCUCGAUUAUGAGCUACCAAGACAACAAGAGGUCAAGUUGGAACCCACCAAAGCUGUUGCUGCUGCAAAGACCCCCUCCUCUCCUCCUGCUAUCAAGAAGCAACGCAUUCAACCUCGUCCUUUGGCUCCUGCUCUGCCUGCUCUAGCUCCCAAUGUUAUUGCUGCUGCUCCUACUCCCAUCGCACGUCAAGUCUUGUUACCUAAACCUCCUACUACAAACAUCAAUGCUAACAUCUUGUCCUCUCUUUUGGCUACUGCUACUUCCUCAUCCGCUAUGUCUGUUGCUCCUCCCUCUCCAAAGAAGACCGCCGCUCCCAAGAGAACAAUCGCAGAAGUUAAAAAGAGCUCAGAAGAACCCACAAACCCUGAUGAAGAUAAACGUCGUCGCAACACAGCUGCAAGCGCUCGUUUCCGUGUCAAGAAGAAGAUGCGUGAACAAGCUAUGGAGCAAUCUGUGCGCGAAAUGACUCAGAAAUCUGAUAAGCUCCAAGAUCGUGUGAACAACCUGGAAUCAGAGAUCAAAUAUCUUCGUAGUUUACUACUUGAUAAAGCUGCUCGCGGUCAAUAA